CUCUACUAACCAACAAACCAACAUGCCAAUUACCUGCACCGAUAUCCCGAAAUUCAUCUGUGCUCUUCUUCUCCCACCAAUUGGUGUUUGGAUGGAAAAAGGAUGCGGAGCCGACUUGGUCAUCAAUAUUGUGCUCACAAUUCUCGGCUUCAUACCCGGAGUCAUCCACGCUUGCUUCAUUAUUUGUUGGUACUAACCUUGAUUUCAUAUAAAUAAUUAU